AUGGUAAGAUUGCUACUGAGUCGAUAUCCGAGAUUGACCACUACUUCCAGCACGUACGGAGCCUCAUCACGGUGUGUCUACUUUAUUUAUCAAACUGCGGCCGACGACCACGCUAAGAUUACGUCCUGGGGUUGCGAUAAAACACCAACGACAUACAUCGUCGGACCGCUGCAGGCUGAGGAAACUUCAUCGACAACAGCAGCCGUGGAUGACGAAAGAGACUCGAUCUCUGGUAUUUCAAAAGAUGCUAAGAUUGUUCUCGCCGUGGUUCUCCCCCUUGCAGGGUUGGGGAUUAUUAUAGCUGCAGCCAUGUUAUUCCUCCGCCAGCGGAAGAAGAGAGUAGCCAACGGGCCCAAGCCAGUGGGUGGAGGAGCAAGAUCUGAGAUGGAGCAGACUACGGAACGUGCGCCCGUCACUGCAGUACCGCCGUAUGAGAUGGGUAACAACGUCUUGAGGCCUGAACUAGACAGCCGCGAGGUUCGUCAGUGA